ACGACAAUUAUUCGCAAUGUGAGUGUAUGGAUAUAGUACAGAUGUUACACGAAACAAUUCAUCCAGUUACAAACAUCCAAUAAAAAGCUGGCAAUUUAAAGGUACUUGUCGAGCGACACGUAAACAAAAUUUAAUGAUGGAAGGCACGGAAAGUGAGUCCGAUGAAUUUCACUCGGAUAUGGAAGUUACGUUUUCGAAGGAAAAAUCGCGAUCAACGCAGAGGCACAGGUUAGCAGAAGCUGAUGAACUCACAGAAGAUGUAUUCAUGCCUCUGGUACCCGGCGAUGAGUUCGAAGAACAGGAUUUAGAAGGUAAGGUGACGUGAUUUUUGAAGUCAACGCGGAAGUUUAAUUUAUAAUUAUAAAAUAAGUGUAAGUUCAAACGGAAUUUCGUGUUGUAUGGCGUAUCAAGACUUGUUUGCCGAUUUUAUUUUCGUGGCUUCCUUCCUUUGCUCCGGCUGAAAUGUUUUCCUGUAGAUGAAUAAAUUUGACGUAUCAUUUAAAGGUUCAUUUAAAGAAUUUCUACUUAUGCCGUUAAUUCAAACAGUUGUUAUUGCAAGAUACUUUUGUUACGGUAUUUUAAUGCAGCGAAGCUUCAUAUGAUAAGUAUAAAUAUAUUAGCAUUUAAUGAGUAAAUAUCAGAGAAAUAUGAACUUGCAGCUGAUCUAUAAUUCAAGCUAAGCUUAUGAAUAUGGUAAUAAUCUUUUGUUUAUUAAUGAGAUGCAAAUAAUUAACAAUUGUUGGACGAGGUUGAGCAAAAUAUCGUGAUUUGGCAAAUAACUGACCUGCGAGACAUUGACAAAUCACGAUAUUUUGCGAUAACUGAGUUCAAUAACAUAAUAUAUUGUUUUAUUAUUCGAUCACCAAGUUUGUGUUUUUAAUGAAAUCUUUCGGGAAGUGAAGCGAUCUACCAUUUUUCAUACAAGAGUGAUUGCAGGAAGGAGAAAAGCGUCAUUUUCGUGUACGCAUGAGCAGAAGAUUAUUUGCAGCCAAACACUUCCUAGUAUUUGCUAUUUCUACAAAAAGUAUGUUUUCCUUGUUUCCUUGUUGUCUCGUUUCUCCAGAUCCCGAUUACUGCCCUUGCGUCUCCAAGGAUGAGAAAUGUUUGCUGGCUAUUAUGGCUCACUAGCCCAGUAUGUCAUAAAGGCCUAUCAACCUACUUUUUCAAUAAAAUUUUGCUAAAUGUAAUGCUUCAGCAUCUUUGAAAGUUUGUGAUUAAAGCACUUUUUUUUCUUUUUCCAAUACAACUUUAUUGAACAUGCACACGUACAGUUAACAUUCACAAAAGACAAUCUGCAACAAAACGAGAACUACAACGUGAAGCUAAAAAAAAGAAACCUAACACAAUAAAAACAUUAGUGGUAACUAAAUGGGAGCGCAAUCAGUUAAGUAAACAGAAUUUCACACCGUAUUAAGAGACGAAAAAACAGACCAUUUUGUUCUGAAAUCUUUUUCGUGACCAGUCGUACAAGAAAUAUAUUAUUCUAGACUAAUUUUAUCACGAGCUAGGGAAACAAAUUCAUUUUGAGUUCACCAUGUGCGAGGCCCAAUCCAGAAACUCCUUCCAGAACAACGUGGCUUGCGCGUACUCAGUGAAAAGAUGAUCUGCUGGACAAAAAGGGCAGCGCAGGGAGUCUUCUUUCUUCAUUUUAAAUAAUGAGCUCUUGGUGCACAGAAUAUUGUGAAUAAUUUUGUACUGGAACAUUGAUAGCUUUACUUCCUUUGUUCUUCAAAAGGCAGUAGCCAAAAUUUAAGAGUGAUGAAAGCAUUCCAGCCUGACAGGUCAUGACUGUGCUAUAUAUUUGUCAUGCCCUGUAUAUUACAACAACAACAGCAAAAAUAAUUUAAUAAUAAUAACACUAUUAUCAUUUUAAUAUAGUGAUAGUAAUAACUGCAACACAGACAUUGUAAAAAUAGUCCUCUGAGAGGACACCAGGUCACUGGCAAUGAAUAGUCUGUAAUCCAGUAACCAUAAAAAAAGAAGAAAAUUUGUGGAAAAAAAAUAUGGCCAAUGGCGAGUUUUGAACCUGGUACUGCAAUGACAACGAACUGAAACCACAUGCUUGCAAAACAACAGUCAUGUUGUGCUUCCCUAGCACAUACUUUAAAAUAACUGUGUAUAUGUAAUAUUCUCUUCAACAUUUUUAUUAUAAUAAGUUCAUGUUCAUGAAUUUAAUCAAUACUAUAGUAGAACAUCCCUCCACCACUUGUUUAGGAAAUGUAUAGCGGUAAUAAUUAUGAGAAUGUAUCCUUUGAUGUUAGGGUUUAAGAGUUAUAUUUAUCCCUUUUUGCUUUCUUUCUUUUGACUAGAAUUAUUUCUGAAAAUGAGUAAUUUAGUUUUAGGAUAUGAAAUUGUUUGACUCAAGAAAAAGAAGAAGAAGAAAGUAGAAUAAUUCUACUUUAUUUUAAAAAAAAGGGUGAUAGCAGGUAUCAAACCAAGUCCCUUCGGCUUUGAAGGUCAAGCAUUACGGCACAUACAAGAACCAUAGAAUGACCAUACCAUCAUUCAUUCAUUCAUUCAUUAUGCUGACAAUAGCAUAAAGCUUUCUGGCUCUAAGGCAGUGAGCUCAAAAAUGAUCACAUUCUUGAUUAAUUAAUGACCUCAUUUUUUCUCCUGGCACAGAUUCUGGACAGCCAACUUACACUUUGUCUGAAGCUGUAGAGAAGAUUGGCUUUGGCAAAUUUCAGAUGAAUAUAAUCUGGAUGGUUGGCUUUUUUGUAGUAAGUAUCCCUAACUUAAAUUCACUUAAUUAUACGUGUUUUUACAUGUGGACGGGGAUGUCGUCACUGGUCAAAACAAAUUAAAGGAGUGUGUAGAAUAAUAAUAAAUUAUUACAAGGCCCUUUGUGACCCUUAAUUUUAGGCAAAUAUAAGAAACGAUAGACAGAGAAUCAAGCAGCUAGUCUAUGAGGCAUCGUAUCUGUUGUGCCCUUUUUUGCUAUCCCUUCCCUGGAGGAGGGUAAAAAGUAAUAUUUAAUAAUAAUAAUAAUAAUAAUGGAAACUUUAUUUUUGUUUUUGAAUGUAAAUCUCGCUACGUAUAGGCAAUUUACAAAUGCUGCUUGAGAUUGGAUUAUUCAAAAAAAAAAGAAGAGAAAAGAAAAGAAAUCAAAAUUGCAUUAAGUCUGGGCUAUCCCAAUUCCUAUUUCUAUGACAAAAGAUGUAAUAUGUUGCUCUAAUGGCUAUAUUUAUCAUUUCUUGAUUAUAUAAAGUUGCUUCUUUUUGUCAAUGCCAAUGUAAUAAUAAUGAUAAUGAUAAUAAUAAUAAAAUUUAGUCGUACAGAUAAUUAAUUAACUAACUAGGUAACUAACUAGCUAACUAGAGAACAAACAUCUAUUUAGCCUGCGAGCAAGCUCUCCUUUUUGGGCGAGUGAAGUGAGUCUUGCGAGAACGCGUGAGCGAGCAGCGAAGCUGCAAGGGGCCGGCGAAAGGAGAGCUUGCAACCAUCCCUUACAAAUUUUCAUUUGUAUAUUUACUUCGCCCAGAGGAAGGGAAAUACCCUUGGCUGAAAAAUGAUGUUCUGGAAAUCAAAAUUAUCCUUUCCCCUUAUGGGGCUUUUCAGGGAUAAUGAAACAUAUAAUUUAAAUGGAACAUACAUACACAUGUUGCAACAUGGUUAAAAGGCACAACUGGUGGGAGGAGAACCAGUUGGCUAGUUUACAAUGUGGCCGAGGAAUUGAACUUGGGACUACGGAGAAUAAAUCCAGCGAGUAGUCAGGCCAGCACUUGAACUGGAGGCCUCUGAAUUGCAAGUCCAGUGCUGUAAAUGCUUGGCCACGUUGUCUCCUCCCGAUGGAUAUAUCGGAUGUCCAUUAGGAAGUCUAAUAAUGGCUCUGUUUUUGCAGAGGAGUGGAUGGUACUUUAGGAAGUAAACAGAAACAACUGUCUUUCUUCAUGUAUGCUAUUGAUCAAAAUUUUAGAUUGCUGAUGCACUUGAAAUGAUGUUGCUGUCUAUUCUUGCCCCAACAAUCCGCUGCAUUUGGCAUCUUCCAUCUUGGAAGGAGGCUUUGGUUACCACGGUGAGCAUUGAUAAUGGCACUAAGGGAACACCUUCAUUCAUUAAUAUUAAGCUACGUGCAAAUGGACGCAUUGAACGACUCCCAACAUUGUUGGCCCUAGAAAGUUGCAUCCAUGUUGGCAGUGGAACCACACAAUGUUGGGACCUGCAGUGCAUUGUGGGAAGGAUAUAACCCAUAAGACUUUGUAAACCAUGUGUAAUGCACAUGCGUGGCCCCAGCAAUGUUGAGUAGUGAUUACUAGAAGGGCAGAGUAAAAGUGGAAGUAACUCAAUAAAUUGAAAAUUAGAUGUUUUACUAGUAUUGAGUAAGAUACCAGUGAAAAAAGGUAAAGUAACUGUGCCUUCCUAAAUCUGUUUUGAAGGAGGGCUAUGAAUUAAUAAAAUAUUAUCAUUAUAUGGCAGGUUGUCUUUGUAGGAAUGAUGAUUGGAUCAUCUUUUUGGGGUUGGCUAGCAGACCACUAUGGCCGAAAAACUGUAAGUUCAGGUACAUGCACAUAGCUAGGUAAAGACACUUAUUUAAUAUAUACUUGCACAAUAAAGUAAUACACUUAAGUGCAUGAUUCGGUUGUAAAAUUUCCAAACCAGGUAAAUGAUUACCCUUUUCCUUUGUUUCAACAAUUUGUCUUCACAGAAUUGAUGACUUUUCGACUUCUUUGUGACAAGCUUGAGUAUAGCCAACAUUCUUGUCGAACUUGAGCGAUGGAAUGGGCUGUUAAUGUCAUGGUUGUUGUGUUUUUCAUACUUCUGUCAAUAUAACAUCAAGACUCUGGGAAACAAAACUAUUUCCCUCAGAAGCUGGCAGUGAGUGUGUAUCUGACACAAAGAACAUGCCCAAAAUACUUCAUUUGUUCAUGAUUUUCUUUGUCUGUUGGUAAAUUUAUGAAUAAAUCCCUCACUUAGGCAAAUAAAAAUUGCCUCCUGCUACAUGUAAUUAACAGCCACAAGGUGAUUAUUAAUUGUGUUUUUUUCUCCUGAUUUGUUGUCAAGGUCAUAGUAAUAUGUGCAACCUGGAUCUUUUAUUUUGGAUUAAUUAGUUCAUUUUCACCUCACUAUUACUGGAUCAUAGCGUUACGUUGUUUAGUUGGUUUUGGAAUUGGUGGUGCGCCACAAUCGUAAGUGCUAUUAGUGCAUAUGGAAAUUAUUGAUAUACCAUAUUUCCUCUAUUUAGCCCCUGGGGUUUAUCUUUGUAGGUGUAUGCUUCUAGGCUAGCUCGGGCUUAUUAUAAGUGGGUGUGCUUUUUAGAGGUACAAAAAGUGUAACCCAAAGGAUGGGUGCAGGGGCAUAUCUGGAGUUUUGAUUAUGGGAGAGGUCUACCUCAGAUAUGCGAGGUAAAGAAGGGAUUAUAUACUGGUAUGAUAAUGGGAGGUGCUUGUUGCUUGUGAGACAUGGGGUGUAUGGACCCCCCCAAGCCUGUACUUGAGGGGGACCCUUUUUGAAGUUCAGUUUGAUAGGCAGUUUAUGCUGGCAUUGGAAUUAGGACAGGGCUUAAAAUUAAAAGCAAUAAUAUCAUAUCGCUUGACCCCCCCCCAAAUUUAUUCUCUUGUUUUAAAGAUUUUAGAUAUAUAUUUUUAAAGUCAAUUAUUUUAAUGCACUGUAAUGUUUAUUUCUUUCUUUUCUUUCAGAACAACACUUUUAGCUGAGUUUCUUCCAUCAAGUGUUCGAUCAUACUGCAUAUUAUCUCUUUCUGUAAGAAGUAAACUGUUCAUGUUUUAAGCUGUUAAUGUCAGAUAGUAUUUAAAAUAUUAUUUAUUUAAGCAAUUUACAACAUGUAAAAAUCUGUGGAGAUUUCCAACUUUGACAUGUCUACAUAUCUGCUUUAUUGUAGCUCCAACUGUAGGUUUAACAUUAGAGUUAAAUAUUCUUGUAUGUAUAAAAUUGUUUUGGAUACAGUGUAGUUAUUAGUUUUUCUCAGAGUAAUCAGUUUGCUAUUGAUUGCAACAAUGAACCACUUUCCGCCUUGGUCUUCAUCAAGUGAUGGUGUUGAUGGGCUGUGCAAGAUUAUUAAUAGUACCGCAUUUUGCUGUUGGUAAAAUUUGAUGCGACUAAUAAUCCCUGUGGGUACUAAUGAUGGUGUAUCCCUUUGGGUAUGUGCCAUCCAGCGGGUCGUGAUUUUGAAGCCAUUUAUGAUUUUCUAGGUGUAUUUUGUAAGCAGCCAUUUGGGCAAGGACAAAUUGCUUUUUAAAAAUACUUCAAUGAUAGGGCCCAUUUGUAGAACGGGGAAUCAGUUUUAGGGCGACCUUUUAGGGGAUUUUUUUUUUAGAACGGGUGCCAAUUUGGAGUCUGAACCUUUGUCUGUUUUCUGUUUUCAGGUAUGUGAAAGGUUAUGGAUUUCUUAGUUGCUGAGUAUAUGAAAGUGUAGGGAAAUUCGUCGUUUCAGUAUUUCAAAGGGAAUGUAACAAAAAUACUUAUUUUUUUAACUGACGUACAUUAUAGCUGUAUCAUGGCUGCCAUUUGAGAAUUUAUUUCAAGUAUGUACUCUUACACCGCCUUUCACAUUCCUGACAGGCGAUCACUUGGACAAAUCAGAUUUGAUCAGAUCUCGCUUCAGUUUUGUUGGCAAGAGAUCUGGGUAUGAGAGUAAUAAAGUAAUGUUAUUAAAAUAUUUGCCUGCGUUCAGACGUCUCCUAUUUCCUUUGUUGCACGCGGAAAAGGGACGUCUGCAUAACGCCGUCGCUAAUCGUGUUCCAGCGUCCUGCUGGGUUCCCAAGAUCUUGGGAACACGCUGUGAUAGGCUGACACACAGUGCGCAUUGUUUGACUUAACGCUGAUUGGUUGUUAUCGAAUGUGGUCUGAUAAUGUAUGCAGUGAUUUAAAUGAUUUAUGUAAGCGGGGUUUUCUAACCAAAAUAAAUCAAAACAUGUGCGAUUGUGUGCUGUGUUUUUUCGUCGAUCGAAAAGCAGAGCGAUCAAAAUCUUGUGCGGGGAAGCGGAAAAUUUAACGUGUACGAGGAAAUUAUUUCUUUACAAUUUACUGUGCAUGACACAUCACAUCAUAUUUGUAAACAGAGUCUGAGAAAACUACACACUGGACUUUGCACCAGGCAGGCAUUUCGGAGAAAGCCAGCCAAAGAAACUAAAAUCUUUAUUUAGCCGUAACAAACAGAGGUCAAGAAAAUUUAAACACUUUACAACCGCAUUUGAAAUCAAAUCCAAUCGGGAACACCCACAGAAGCAUAAACCACAGGAAAUGAUUACUCAGUAUGCAUGUAACAAACCUGCUUCAUUACCUCUAAAUGGAAGACUUAGCGCAGCAAAAAUGAGAUUUACUCAUGCAAAGGUUAGAAUGCUACAUGCACUGUGUAGUGCUAGUAAUCUUUGCGCGAGAGAGAAAAGAAGAAAAACCUCUGUUCAAGCAGACUCUCAAGGUCAGGUUUCGGCCGUAUCACGAGCAUAUGAUGUUUUGUUUGGCCUGUCAACUCUUAUUUCUAACCGGAUAUUAUUUCACAAUUUAUGCGAAAUAAAGUACCCUGCCAGCGGGACGCUGGAACACGAUUAGCGACGGCGUUACGCAGACGUCCCUUUUCCGCGUGCAACAAAGGAAAUAGGAGACGUCUGCACGCAGGCAAUUAAAAUAUUUGCUUCUUUUCAUUACAGUUUUUUUGGGCAAUAGGAUCUUGUUUCACAGUAGGAGUUGCUAUGGCUGUGAUGCCAUCAUUGGGAUGGAGAUGGCUUCUUGGAUUUUUGUCGUUACCACUUCUACUGUUUGUUGCUAUGAGUUAUGUAAGUAAGACUGAGUGAGUACUGCUGACAAUUGAAAAUUUUAUCAUUUAUUGUUAAAAUAAAAAAUUGAUGAGAACUUUAAGAUAAAUAAUCAUUGAAUUUUUUAUUGUUUGAUUUUUAGAUUAAGAACAUAUGCAUUGCAUUAGAGGAUUUUUUUUGUUUUUUGUAAACCCUCAAUUAUAAAAAAACAUAAAGUAAACCUGUGUCUUCACUGCGAAUAGAAUUUGACUGAUAGACCAGUUUUUUUUUUAGGUGAACUGCUUGCCCAAAAAUGUUUCACUGAUCAAAAAUAAUAAUUAUGUAUAAUUCUUUUAGUGGCUCCCAGAGUCCUGCAGAUAUUACCUUGCUGCAGGUGAGAAAGAAAAAGCAGUUAGAAUGCUUCAGAGGGUGGCAAGGGUCAACAAAAGUGAAAUGCCUGUAGGAAUUCUUAAAGAUGCUAGUGAGGUAAGUUAAGGAUUAAUAAUAACAGUAAUAUGAACUGAGUGGAGUGCAAUUUGGUCUGAAUUAAAUCAUAUGAGUGAUUUUAAAAUCGGACAAGUGCGAGUUCAAUUUGAAUUACAAGUAUGCAUGAUUUCAGACCAACAUUGUAUGACACAAAGUUCAAUUACAACUUAUUACAGCCAUUUUGAAGUGGCCUAGAGUUCAGUCAGUACCAUUACUAUUAAAUUUUGACCUAGUAGCCAGUUUCUUGAAAAGUGGAAACAAAAAGGUUUUUAAUCUCAUUUUGUACCCGAAACAGAAAUGAUGCAAUAUAGAGCAAAAAUGGUGUGAUUUCAAAACAGAAGUGAGGCAAUUUAGAACAUGAAUGAUGUGAUUCAGGACAGAUGUGAUUUAGGGCAAAAAAUAGUGUGAUUUGUGAAUAAAUCGCUCUGCUGAGAGCCAAUCAGAUUGCACCAGUGAUUUCAAAAUGGAUGUAACAAAGUUAUUUUAAAACAACAACAAGUAGGAGCAUUUUAUCAAUAAAACAUCACCACCAUGCACUGAUUAUCUACAGAUGUCUGCAUAAGACAGCUUUUGAUUUUUUAAAAAUAUAUAUCUUGAUUGAAAACUAUAGAUAAUAGUAUUGUUACAUAAUCUUGUCUAUUCCAUUGAUGUAUGAGUACUCAAUAAAAGUAUUAAAUUUUGCCCUCAGAAUGGUAGACAAGGACAAUUUAAAGACUUGAUCAGUCCAGAAUUUAGAAAGACAACAAUUUUGUUGUGGUUUAUUUGGUGAGUAUUGUUAAAUUUAGGUUAGGAAAACAAGUAAAACCCGUAAAACAGAGCACUGAUAGAUAGAGGGGGUAAAAUGAGCACACCAUCGGCCUCAGUGUUUUUUGUUGGAUGAGGACUAUUUCAAGUUACUGAUGUAAAAUAAGGACUACUUUUAGGUAAUUGUGUGGAUUAAAAUAUCUUGGCUGUUGUUGGAGCUGCAUAUUGUACAACCUCAGUGUAAUGAGUAAUAUUAUAUUACAUUACUGAAAAUAUUCUGACAUAUUGUGAAACUUCACCACAAAGGUAUUCUCCUAUUAGUAAGAAAUGAUACCUCAGAAAGCGAAAUAAAUUUGACUACAUGUACUUUAAGGUAAUGAAAAAUUUUAGGUUAUAAUUUGUUUGUUUAGGUCACAGCAUGAUUAGUAGUGAUAUUUGGCAUAAAUAUCAUGAGUGAUAUUUCAAAAUUGUUAUACGUAAAUUUCACGAGCUGUUAAGCGAGUGAAAUUUGAGACAAUUUUGAAAUAUCAUGUGGUAUUUAUGCCAAAAUAAUAUCAUGUACAAAUCAUGCUAUUAUUUGUUUUACCCGCAAAAGGUUUUUAAUUUUCCAUGUAGGUAUUUCAAAUAAAGCUGAAAUACCACUUCUCUAAGGCAAUCAGAUUGCAGAAAUUUCUCAUUUAGUAGUAUAAGGAUUGAAAUAUCUGCAUGGCUGUCAUUGGAGCAACCUCAGAAAUGAGUUAUGAUAUAUUAAAAUUAUUGCAAAUAUGUGGGCAGAAACUUUGCCAUGUAGGUAAUUCUCUCAGUAAGAACUUUUACCUCAAAAAAUUUGAGUCCAGUAAUAAGUGUCCCUUUCCAAGUGAAAUAAUCUUGCAGGUACAUAGUUUGUCAAAAGUUUUUUUCAUUUACAGGUUUAACUUAGCAUUUACAUAUUAUGGAAUAGUGCUUAUGACUACAGAAAUGUAUCAAGGACUAAGUGAAUCUGAAGGAAGCUGUGGAGGUACGAAUGAAACCACUUAUUGAUAUCUGUCAUUAAAUAAACCAUCUAGCUUACUGAUACAAAACAUAUUUUUUCACUUAACAGAUAAUUUAAUGAGUAAUAAAAAUUAACACAAUUACAUGUAAGGAAGCAGUUUAAUUUAGGUAUUUUCAACAAUAAAUUGACCAUAAUAACUUUAUUUAAACUUGGACUACUGUACUCGUUAAACGGUUUAAGUAUUUAUUUGAUGAACAUCUAGAAUGUUCUCCACUAAUUUUUAUGAUGAACACCCUAACGGGGUUACAGUACAUGAAAGUACCACCUCUGCAUCAUAUCUGAAGGCAAGCAACUACCAUUAUUUUCAGCCACAGAUUCUGGUGCAGUUAAGAAUCCUGACUGUGGAUGUCAGCUUCUCACUUUUAAGGACUACACAGACAUGCUGUGGACCACACUUGCUGAGUUUCCUGGUACAGAAUAAAACAUUAUGGCUUACAUGUUUAACUUUAUCUUCAAGGGGAAAGGAAAUGAAAAUUAUAUAGCAUGAUUAUUUGUAAUAGACUAGAAGUUGAGUUUCGAGGACCCCUGUGCACUGUAUGAAUAGUGUGCAAGGAGUGUAUUAUCAUGGUUUUGGAGAUAUGUACAUGGUACCUUAUAUUCCUGGGAUCCUGGGAGAAUUAUUAGUUCAUGGUACCAAAACUUAAAAAUAUGAGAAUAAAAAUGGUGUUUUUCAGCCAAGGGCACAGGCACCAAAAAAAAACCCCGAAACCACUUACAUGUAUCAAUUCAAUUACCAUGUUUUUCGGCUCUCUUCUACAAAAGUAUUUUGUGUAAUGCAGUUAACAUAACAGACUGGUCCUCUCUCCCACCCCAGAUCAAAACCACCUGUCCAGUUGUGCAUUGUUAAAGAGACUUAAGAGGAAGUGACACUUAUAUUCCCAUUUAAUUUCUUUUUGGAAAAUUCAAACAGGGGCACCCUGAAUGAUGGUUUCCUCCUAAAUACAUUGAAAACACUUUUUAGGCUAUCCAGAGUACUUUUAGAUCUCUAGAAAGCAUUCUGAGCAGCGCUAUAAAAUUUGUGUCUGUUCAGUCAGGUAGGGGAACUGGAGUCUUUUCGAAAUUACAAGGGCUUGAGUAUUAUUUUCCUGAAAAUUUUAGAGGAAAAUUGACAUAUUACGAAAGUAAGACAUUUUCUAAUUCCUCUCUCCAUCACUUUUUUGAAUGCACAAAUUUUAGGUUUCCUUUUAUCUACGAAAAAUAGCCUAACUUGGGAAGUAAAAUGCGAAAAUUAAACUUCAGAAAAUCGUAGGGAAUUUAUUAGAUAAGCUUCAAAAAUUGUACAUGAAUGGAACGGUCAUCUAAAAAUUUGUAACCACCCUCAGGUAAUAGAAAAUUCUAGGCAUUAUUUUCUUCUCCAAACAGAUAUUUUAUAGAAAACGGUCGUCGGGUGCCCCGAUUCAAAAGGAUGGUCACCACAAUAAUAAUUUAUUACCAUCUGUUUGGAGAGAGUGUCUGAAGUAAUUUUGAUUCCAUAGUAGGUCUACUUAAUAAUUUCAUAACUUAAAAUGUGGCAAGUAAAUAUACUGAUCAAUGUAGGACAACUUAAAAAUGAAUUGGUAAAUGAUAACACAUAAAAAAGUUGUCAUGAUUUUCCCUUCUUGUUAGGCAUCAUUGUGACCAUGUUGAUGCUGGAGAAACUUGGAAGAAAGAAAACCAUGGCAAUCGAAUUCUUUUUAACUUCAGUUUGCUACUUUCUUCUAUUUAUCUGUUCUGGAAGGUAAGAGUUAAAGUUCUUAAUUGGUAAGGUGGCUCGACUGGAUUUUUUGGGGUUGAUACCUCCCAACUUUGAGCAUUAACUACGUCGGCAUGAGUAAAGAUAUGGAAAAAAUGUUACCACAACUGUAUUAUAUAAAGGUGAAAAUUUCUUAUGAUCUGGGUUUUAUUGCAAUCGGAGUCGCCAUGGCAACGUAAUGACGCCAUUAUGUUUUUCAUUUAUCUUUGUGUUUCUCUGUUCCAAGAGUUUUUUGAAGAAAUCGCUUUAGGGAGUAUGUACCUGCUAUAAUUGCCUCCAUUAUAGCAUAGUUUGAACAAAUUCUAUGAGAGCGUUUUCGAAAUAUUUUGAAAUGUAGUUUUAAGAAUAAUAAAAACAGUGAAAUAGCAUGCUACCAACACAAUUCGCUAAUAUUUUAAGAAAAUGAUAAGCUUUGGGAACGAGGCUUCAGCUCGUAGUGGUUUGAUUCCAUUGAAAACUGCAUACGAAAAAAGAGGGGAAUUGCUCUGGACGAUCGCGAGUAAUAAGAAUUUUAUUAACUUACAUUUAGCUGCUUUUGAUACAGUUUUUGGACGUAAUUUGGUCCAUGCCUAAAAAUGUCGCAUUUUUCCAAAAACCGCUCGAUAAAUUUUUCUAUAAAUUCGACAAUCCCGAGAUCAAUUGUCAAGAAAUAUUUUCUGCACGUUUCAAGAACAUUGAAAAUAGGGAAGGCUUUUAAAUAGGGCCUCAAAUAUAACCAAUUUUUCCCCCAGAUUUUGUGUUUACAAGUGAGCGUCCUCAUUAUUCACUGGCAUUGUUUUCGAGUUUCAUAUGCACGUGCACAACUAGCAAAAGUUAUAAAUUUGCAUCAAAAAGAACUCUCGAUUACUUUCCGAAGAAAUAUCUGGAGUAUGCUAAUAAUUGGCUUGUCGUCACAGACAGCAGUGAGAGCCGAAAAGGUGAACGUCACGGCUCAUCGUCUAGGGUGGAAUACUUAAUUAUCUUACUCGGGUUAUAACAUCACAGAAACUCUCACAAAGAGUUGCUCUGAUAUUACAAUAUAUCAUUAAUCUCUUUACCCGGUAAUUAGCAUAUCCCGGAGAUUUAACCGAGGGUCCUUUUCGAUGCAAAUUCUAUCUUUUUGCUAAAUGUGCACGUGUAUAUGAGACUUGAAAACAAUGCCAGUGAAUAAUGAGGACGCUCACUUGUAAACACAAAAUCUGGGGGGAAAAUUGGCUAUAUUUGAGGCCCUAUUUAAAAGCCUUCCCUGUUUUCAAUGUUCUUAAAACUUGCAGGGAAUAUUCCUUGACAAUUGAUCUCGGGAUUGUCGAAUUUAUAGAAAAAUUUCCGAUUGCAAUAAAACCCAGAUCAUAAGAAAUUUUCAUCUUUAUAUAAUACAGUUGUGGUAACAUUUUUUCCAUAUCUUUACUCAUGCCGACGUAGUUAAUGCUCAAAGUUGGGAGGUAUCAACCCCCAAAAAUCCAGUCGAGCCACCUUAAGGUAAUGAGUCCCUUCAGUUGAAAAGAGAUGUUUAAAAUGAUAACUAGACUGUCCAUGGCCCCCUGUUUUCUGUAUUGGUCAGGGAAAGUGAUUGCCGAGUUUGAAAUGCCUCUGUCUUGAUAUGAUUAUCUCAUUCACACCUCCAAAGCUUGUCCUUUUCUCACCUCUACAGUCAAUUUGUACUUGGAAGACAUCAAAUCAACUUGGCAAAGCCUUGAAAAAAUCUAUCCAAAAUGCGUACGUUCUAAGGAGGUUACAAAAGCUGCGGAAUGAUGUACUGUAUGGAAUUUUAAGGAAAGAUGAAUUAAGCUUACUAAUACAGAAUAAUUCAUUAUUCACUUUGUUUGUGUAUUUUUCUCACAGAACCAUGAUGACAGUGUUUAUAUUUGGAGUUAGAGGAUUUAUAUCAGGAGCAUUCCAAGGCUUCUAUGUUUAUACACCUGAGGUACAUGUAAUAGACUGAACAAAGAUUAUGACACUAAAGAAAACAUGUAAUACUUAUGUAACAGAAAUAGGUCUUGCAAAAUUGAAGAAAGGCUGACUUAUCUUGUUAAAGUGGCAUUAGUAAACCCGGAUCAUAAGCCUUUGAAUUUGAAACAAAUUACUCAAUAAUUGCAGACGAAUGGGUUUCUUGUAUUUCGUUUCGUUUUUAGGUUUAUCCAACAGUAGUUCGUGCUCUAGGUCUUGGCUUCUGCAGUGCAGUUGCUCGUGUUGGAGCAAUGAUAACACCUUUUAUAUCACAGGUAUGAAUGAGGUUUUGAGACGCAUUCGUUCAUCGACUAACACAUGAUAUACCUAUAGCUUUCAUUUGGGGCGGACCCAAACCUCCAACAUGUGUAGCUCCCGUAACUUUAGCCUGCAUAGCAAGCGUUUCCGUGCGAGUUCGUCGAGGGCAUCCUUUGUUUUGGUUUCUCUCCCCCUCCCGUAGUCUCUCACUUAGAUGCUUCUAGAAUCCUAAGUUGACAUCACAUUCUCAAACUCAUUAAUAAUUCAUUAAGAAAAUACAAAGGAAAUUAAUGUUUAAUGAGUGUUUGGAAAUCGGAUGAAACACUGCUUAGUAUUUGCAUCCUUAAUUUCUCCUUCAAAAAUGAUUUUGUUUGAGAAGAAAUAUCAAACAUUCGACACAGUGUUUCAUCACCAGAUGAAACACCUCGAAGUUCGUCAAAAAUACUCCGCUGCGCGUCGUAUUUUCAACUCUCUUCUCAGUGUUUCAUCUGGUGAUGAAACACUGCAUCUCUUGUUUGAUAUAUUACAUCAAUCAUAUAUUCUCAAGACACAACGUAAUAGGCUCGGAGUUGAAAGCGAGUAGUACUGAAUCUAACAUAGUAAGAAGUACAAUAGCAUCUUUUGACAGAGUAACGACUGGGACAAUAGUUUUUCUCCUACAAGUUAUAAGAAUGUUUGUAGCAUAAAAACGUUAGAAAUGAAUGAGGGGAAAAGGAGGGUGAUAACAAUUCUUUUGCUUUCAAUCAAUCGGACAAAAUAAAGUUUGACAAAAGAUAACAAAAAUAGACCAGAAUUUGGUUUUCUGUGAGUACGAGGUAUCAUUUCUAACUAGGGUUUAUCAUUACUGUUUUUUUUCUUCUCAGGUGUUGCUCAGGGUCUCACUACGUUUAGCGUUAGGUGUCUAUGGCUUAAUGUCCUUGUUAUGCACUGUCUGCACGUUAUUACUGCCUAUUGAAACCACAGGGAGACCAAUGGUGGUAAGUACUUGUACAAAUUCAUAA